AUGCCCCGUGGUCGCCCCCCCAAGAGGCCUGCACUUGAACGGGAGGUUUUUGUCCCCGUCUCUAUCAACCCCGAACCUCAUCUUUUACGACUUCGUGCAGCAGAGAUUACCACUGAAGGGAGCACACGGCUGCAAACACACUAUGUUGCUGGAAUUCCCCCCGAAAAUUCAUCAAAUGACAACAUAUUUUGGAUAGAUGACCGCGUUGAGCAUCCCAGCGACUGUCAAUUUGAGGACGAAACACUUACAGACGACAUUGUUGAUAUUUGUUCCACGGAGAAGCGCAAAGAGACUGCGGCAGACAGACCUUUGCUCGCCUGGAUUGGACAACGUCAAAUCUUCCUGGACGAAAUGCUGCGCCUCAAUGGACGCGGGACUGAAGGUGUCACUUGCUCAUGUGGUGCAGUAUCGCCUCAAUUCCGAUGCUGUGACUGCCAUGGCAUUCAAAUAUUCUGCCGUGAAUGUACACUUCAAAACCACGUUCUUCAUCCUUUGCAUAGGAUUGAGAUAUGGAAUGGGACUUUUUUUCAGCGUAUCACACUCAAACAGCUCGGGGUUCGGGUACAACUAGGCCAUAACCCAGGAGAAAGGUGCUACAAACCUUCUCCCGCUGCCGGUGAUGAUUUUGUGGUCAUCGCGCUCGAUGGUAUUCAUGAAAUCGCCCUGGACUUUUGUGGCUGCGCUUCGGCUCAGAUUCGGUAUAAACAAUUGUUACGUAUGCGGUGGUAUCCAGCCACAGUCUCAGAGCCUCGAACUGCAGCAACCUUUACGGUUCUGCAGCAUUUUCAUAUUCUAUCCUUUGAAAGCAAGGUGUCUGCUUACGAGUUCUACCAGUCGCUCGCAAGGCACACCGACAAUUCAGGGUUAGUAGCGAUCAGGGAUCGUUAUUCCGCUUUCAUGCGGAUGGUACGCCAAUGGCGUAACCUCAAGCAACUUUCCCGCGGAGGAAGGGGACACGACCCCGCUGGUGUCAAUGCUACUGCCGAAGGAGAGUUAGCUGUUCUCUGCCCCGCGUGCCCACAGCCCGGGAAGAAUCUUCCACUAGACUGGGAGAAGGAGCCUCUAUUUACCAGAUGGAAAUAUGCGCUGUUUGUUGCAAUCGAUGCGAACUUUAGAUUGAAGCGCAAGGCGGUGUCUUCUGACACUGCUGACCCUAGCCUUAAUGCUGGAUGGGCGUAUUUUGUGCACGAAGACUCAUACAAAUCUUACCUUGCAGAUCGUGCUUCCGACAAGCAAGAGCGAAGCACGUGUGUAAGCCACAAUGCAGUUAACAUGGCGGAUACCAAGUCCUCCCGUGGGCUUGCUGCAACAGGAGUUGGGACGAUCGACUGCGCAAGGCACGAUAUGAAGCUCCCAAACGGAGUUGGAGACCUGCAGAAGGGUGAACGGUACAUUAAUAUGGACUAUAUCAUGUGUUCUGCGCUCUUCAUCCUCGCGAUGUCCAUGAUCAACAUAUCCUACGACAUCGCCUGCCAGUGGCACAAGAGACUCUGGACUCGAAUGGAAACGAUGCCGGAACGACUUUCUCCCCCCCGCGAAUCUUCCCUCAUACGUGUUUUUGUGCCGAAGUUCCACAUCCAGGCCCACAUCGAUAAGUGUCGCACCAAUUUCUCUUUCAACUGGUCGAGGUACGUGGGCCGAACAGAUGGCGAAGCCCCUGAACGGGGCUGGUCCAAUAUAAACCGAGUGGCAUCAAGUACCAAGGAAAUGGGACCGGGAGCACGCCGGGACACUCUUGACGAUCACUUCGGUGAUUGGAACUGGAAAAAAAUUACAGCAUUAGGGCGGACAUUGCAUAAGAAGAUGAUUGAAGCUGUAAAGUGGACGAAGGAGCACUCCGAAGCCCUCUCGGAACUGGAGAAGACUAUUCAGCCGGCUCUUAUCGCGCAGUGGAAGGCAGAGGUGGAAUCCUGGGAGGAGGAUAACUCCUCUCCGAACCCCUUUGAAAGCCGGUUUAACCCGGUUACACAGGCAUCCGUACGACUACAACUCACUGAGCUUGAAGCUCAAGACCUUCAAGCUGGAAUCAAUGUCUCACUUCACACCGAUGUCUCUCCAAGCGGAUUGAUUACAUCGGGCAUGGAUCUCGAGGAUCAACAGGCACGCUUAAGAUCCAGUCUUGCCAAUGUGUCCCUCCACGACACCGACAAUCAGAAGGCCAUAACACAAACUCAAAUCGCCUCCCUCCAACGACGGCUUGAUGCCUGGGCCCGCAUCCAGGAGCUAUACAUGCCGGUUGUCUGUCAACUCCGGCAUCGAUCAUCAGAGGCUAGUGGGAGGCCACAGGAACUCAAACCUGAAGACUUCAACCUGUGGCUCCCUUCGCAACUUCCAGCUGGCACCCCCGUAGACCUGACGCUCGCUGGCCACGAGUGGGAGCUACGCUACGCGCAGGCCCUCGAUGCCCUGAACGAAGUUCGUUCCCACCUCCGGCUUCGAUCCCACAUGUACAAGUACAAGGAUAAAAAUGUCCGUGGUCAAGCGGGUUCCACUCGCGCCAAGAAAAUCAUUGAUGCCGUGGAAUCGAGGAAGCACGCCAGUGUAUUGAAGUACAGACGUGCGCGCAGUGCCCUGCUGUCUCUUGGCCACCGUCUGGAGAAGUGCGGUUGGGAGCUCACCAUGCGCCCACUUCUUGACUCCGAUGUUAAGCCUAUGGGUGACAUGGAGCAGCAAGGGAGAGGAACCAUCUCCUGGAUUUGGUUAGACUCCCGUGCUGAUAACAGCUGUACAGAAAAUGAACGCAUACAGGAUUGUGUCCGCUUGGAAUGGUGCAAGGCUCGUGCCCGCGCACACCGGUGGUCGGAGGAGGUGGAGUUAUUGCUAGAAGAGAUGAGACGAGUGCUGGUGUUUUUGAGAUGGCAAGGGUCCUGGUGGAAGGAGCGCAUAACUCUCCGAACGCUCAACUCAGCACCUGCACAAGAGGGACUGUCAGCGUACGCGUGUCGCCAGUCUGCACUGCGUGUGCUGCUGAUAGCCAAGUUUCAAAGGCUGUGGAGUGAUGUGCCUACCCUUGUCUCUGGUGGUGUCCUGAUUCCAGAGAGCGGAGAGGUAGAUACACCUACUAUUGACGCUCCCUUGCAGUUAUAA